AUGGGCUUCACAGGUGAAACUCCUCAGGGUGGUGUCGCCCUGCCUAACAGUUACGUCGUGGCCUUAAAACCUGAACUUACUGACCAGGAGGUCGAAUCGCACAUUAAUACAAUCAAGAGCUUGGUUGAUAAUGCGCAAUCUGAUAUUUCCGGCCUUGCUGGAUCUCAGACUCAAUUCGACAAAUUUUCAUUUGCACCCGGAGUUGAUGUCAGCGACGAAGGGGAGCCUGAUGUCGGUUUUCGGGGAUAUAUGGGAACUUUCACCCCCAACAUCCUUCAGGAAAUUGAAGAAUCACCAUUGGUUGACUACAUCGAAAACGAUCAAUAUUAUCAGGUCCAAGACAUUCAACCCAACCCAUCCUCAUGGGGUUUGUCGCGCAUAUCUCAUCUUGGUCCAUUUAAUGCUUCAAGGAAUGAAUAUGUCUACGACCAAAAUGAAUCUGGCAAAGGUGUAACCUGUUACGUUAUUGACACUGGUGUCAAAAUUGGCCAUCAAGAUUUUGGUGGACGUGCAAGGUGGGGUAAGACGGUUGUUAACGGUGCUCACGAUACCGACAGCCAUGGCCACGGCACUCAUGUGGCAGGUACUAUUGCCGGUACGAAGCAUGGAGUUGCGAAAAAUGCCUCCAUAGUUGCUGUUAAAGUAUUCCCCGACGGCUCCGGAAUGACGUCUACUUCCGACAUCAUCAAAGGGCUAGAUUGGUCUCUACAUGAUGCACAGGCGAAGAAUAAUACUGAGCGCUGUGUGGUGAACAUGAGUGUUGGAGGACCAUACAGUGCAGUCUUUAAUAGUGCUGUAGAGAAGGCUGUUCAAAAUGGAAUCGUAGUUGUUGUGGCAGCUGCUAAUAGCGGUCAAAAUGCAAAGGGAUUUUCUCCCGCCUCCUCACCUGAUGCCCUUACAGUGGGUGCCAUAGAUCGCCUCGACGCAAUGCCAUCUUGGUCAAACUGGGGCAGAUUCCUCGACUUUAACGCCCCGGGUGUUGAUAUCGUCUCUUGUGGUAUUGCAAGCGCCACAGCUGAAGCGACUAUGAGUGGAACCUCUAUGGCAUCGCCGCACAUAGCUGGCCUUGCUAGCUGCUUACGCCAGAAGACGGAAUUCGUCCCGUUCAAAUCGCUCGCAUAUGAACUGCGUCUACGAGCAGAAGGAGGAUGUAAAGUGUUCCCUGGACACGAAUUUGGAACGCCCAAUCUCGCUGCUGUGAACUCGUCAAUUUAG